CUAGCAAGUUAUGUACUAAAGUCCCAAGUCACACAGAGAUAGAUGCACCUCAGACAGCAUGGCUUUCAGCUUUUUCUACUUGUCUUUGUGCUUCUCCAUAGUCUUAACUGUUACAUUGGCUUUGCCAACGCCACAAGUAAUCGAAGUGGAUGUUGAUGCUGGAUUAGAUCGGGACAUAUUUGAAAUAAAUGAAGACCUAGGCUUGAACCUUGAAGAAGGGGACAUCAAAAUUGACAAGAUAAUUGACAGAAGCUCUAUUAUGGGUGACAAAUACAGAUGGCCAAAAACAAUUCCAUAUUAUCUGGAAGAUAAUUUAAAUGUAAAUGCUAAAGGUAUGAUCCUAAAAGCAUUUGAACAGUACCGUCUCAAAUCCUGCAUUGACUUUAAGCCUUGGACGGGUGAAGAAAACUACAUCUCUGUAUUGAAAGGCAGUGGGUGCUGGUCCUCUGUGGGGAACCAACAGGAGGGACGGCAGGAACUGUCCAUUGGUGAGGGAUGUGAAAGAAUGGGGACGAUCGAACAUGAAUUCCUCCAUGCCCUGGGAUUCUGGCAUGAGCAGUCAAGAGCUGAUCGCGAUGACUAUGUCACAAUAGUCUGGGACAGGAUUGAAAGUGGUAAAGAGCACAAUUUCAAUAAAUACAAUGACAAAGAAAGCAGUGACCUCAACGUACCCUAUGACUACACCUCAGUGAUGCACUACAGUUCCACCGCUUUUAAUAACGGCACCGAACCAACAAUCGUCACCAAGAUUCCAGAAUUCAGUAACGUGAUUGGACAGCGGUUAGACUUCAGCGAUUAUGACAUUCAGAAACUCAGCCGACUCUACAACUGCACUUCCUCGCUUAGUUUUUUGGAUCGGUGCAGUUUUGAACUGGAAAGUAUCUGUGGCAUGAUUCAAGGCCUAGACAACAAGGUGGCUUGGCAACGUGUUACCCAAGCCCUGCCCGGGCCUGGCCAAGACUACACCAACAUGGGCGACUGUGCAGGUAUCGGGUACUUCAUGCAUUUUAGCACCAAUCAGGUUGGUGAGAGGGCACUACUGGAAUCUCGAAUCUAUUACCCAAAACGGGGCUUUCAGUGUUUGCAGUUUUACUCCUACAACAGUGGAAGUGAGAUGGAUGAGCUGAACAUCUGGGUUAGGGUUUACGAUGAAGCAAACCCCAAUGGGACUUUAACAAAAGUCACUGCAGUAAAAGGCACAGAUCUGAAUUAUUGGCAGCUUCACCACAUUAGCCUCACCAUGUCCAAGAAAUUCCAUGUUGUGUUUGAAGGAGUGAAAGGAGCAGGCAGUUCCACUGCAGGAAUCUCCAUCGAUGAUGUUAACCUCUCGGAAAUGCAUUGCCCCACCCACGUGUGGCAUAUCAAAAACUUUACCCACCUUUUAGACACGAGUCCCCCGGGGAUGGGUGGCAAGAUUUACAGUCCGAGAUUCUACUCGAGAGAGGGAUAUGGAUUUCAGAUCGGCCUGUAUGUGAAUGGAACAAGCAGUCGCCCCUCCUACCUUGCUAUUUAUUUCUACUUGGUCAGCGGACCUGAUGAUGACAAAUUGCAGUGGCCAUGUCCAUGGAAGCAGUGCACCAUGUUGUUAAUGGAUCAACAUCCAGAUAUCAGACGGCGCAUGAACCAUCAAAGAAGUGUCACCACGGACCCUGAGAAAGUUGACCAAUCAUCCUACUUUUGGGACAGACCUGACAAAGUAGGAGUCUUAGUAACAGAUACUGAUGGCACCAAAUACUAUCGGGGACAUGGAAGUGGAACCAGUGCAUUCUUAUCCCAUGAGAGAUUGAAAAGCAGAGAGUUCAUCAAGGGAGAUGAUGCCUAUUUCCUGUUGACCAUGGAAGAUGUAUCCCAUCUUGUUGGCCCCCAGCCAACACCAUCAGUACCCACAACCACAGUGACAACUGUUCCCGCGGGCACGACCACUCAGCCAGAGACCAGCGCUCCAGAUUUGUGCUCUGAUUUUAAAUGUGAAAACGAUGGCAUCUGCACCGUGUCUGAUGGAAAACCCAUUUGCAGGUGCCUUACGGGUGAGGAUUGGUGGUAUUCUGGUAAAUACUGUCAGACCCACAGCAAACAGGAAGACACCGUGAUGAUAGCAGCGAUCUCGUCUGUUGUUGUGUUCCUGGUUAUGCUGAUAAUAACUGUGGUCAGUGUGUACUGCCUCAGACAGAAAUACCACAAGAAGAUGGACAAGAAUGAUGGACAGCACGGAACAAAUCUAACUAAUCAAACCCCGAUGUGAGAAUGCACGAACGGGAUUCCUCAGGCAUUGCGAAGCCACUGAAAGAGUCGAGCAACGGCGAUGGAAGACAAAAACGAAUCAAAUAGCAAAUAGUGCUUUUGCUUCAAGAAUAUUUCCCAUUCUGUUUGAAAAUUGGAAAAAGGGAACAUGGGGGCUGGCUUUAUGACGCAACCAAACAAAAUUCCAAAUAAUGUAACAAUGAUAUAAGCUGAGGUUGCAGCUAGAGGAACUAAGAUACCAAAAUAUUCAACACUCCAUUUCAGGAGGGAUUACUAAAUUACGCGAUUGUGCCUUCUGAAAUGAAUACAAGAUUUACAAAUGUAUAUAAAGUCAACGUGAUUUUA